AUGGGAGUCAAGAAAGUCACCCUUUCAACUAGUAUUUCAGUAACUCUAAGCAUGGUCAAACUAACCGGUUCAUUGCCAGAAGAUUUAAGCAUUGUUCCUUUCUCUGAUGGCUAUGACAGUGGCUUUGCCUGGGGUUAUGAUGAUAUUGGAGAUUUUAUCUCUUCUCUGAUUUCUAAUGGUUCUCAUGCCAUUAAGGAACUUAUCAUGGCCAAAGCCAAUGAGUGUCAUCCGAUCACUCAUGUGGUCUACACUCCAUUCAUGUCUUGGGUACUUAAAAUUUGUUAUGAAUAUGGAAUUUCAGCCACAUUUUUCUGGAUUCAACCUGUUGCUAUUUUGGAUAUAUACUUCUAUUAUUUCAAUGGAUACAGGGAGAAAAUUGAAAACCUUAUGAGAGGCGAUAUCAUUGAAUUAACAUGGCUGCCAUUGCUCAGUGAUUGUGAUUUACCCUCCUUCUUGCUGGAUCCCUCCCUUGAAGUAAAUAGGAUUGUUGCAAGAGAGCUGAAGGGCCAUCUAGAGCUGCUUGAAAAGGAAGAAAAUGCUACAAUUCUUGUUAACAGUUUUGAUGGUCUAGAGUACGAGGCUUUAAGGGCUAUGAAGAAGUUUAAAAUGAUGGCUAUAGGCCUUUAG